AUGAAACGAGUAAAAAGGCUUCAAACUAUACUUGAAUCUGCAAAAAGUAUCUAUCUUGCUCCAUUAACUUUGAAGAAUUAUCUUCAAACUCUGGGAGAGAUUCAAGAUUACCUUAAGUAUAAAAAAUGGUACAAUGGUGAUAGAACAGCUGAAUUCGACAUUACACUUAGCCAGCUUCAUGAAGAGUUUGAACUUGAAUUCCUUACUAAUAGUUUGACCGGUUUUGAUUCUAAAUAA